AUGCGCUUACUGGUACUUUUCUGCGUCUUCCUUUACCUCGUUGGAGUCAUCCGAGCUGCACCUACAACAAAUACAACAAAUACUGCUACUAGCGACAGUUUUAAAGCCCCAUCAUUCACGACUAGAACCAUAUGGUCCAUCAUCUCUAGCUCCGUUCUCACUCUAUUUGCGUGCACAUACAGUGCCAUUCAUCCCAAUAUUCCGAGUCUCAAGGACAGCCCCCUUCGUCUCCUACGGCGGCGACUUGGGAUCAUGAUAAUGGCACUAAUUGCUCCUGAACUGAUCAUCACAUGGGCUAUGCGCCAACUGAUCAGCGCUCGCCAUGUUACAAGACAAUUCAAGGAAUCAGAAUAUUUUAAGACGCACAGCUUCUUUGUGCUGAUGGGUGGUUUCAUGCUUCAUGUGGAUGGGAAACCCUACCUUACACUACAGCCUGAUCACAUUCUCAAACUGAUACGUAAAGAGUGUAUAGACGUUCCUACCCUAACAGCAGACCAGAUCCAGGACAAGAGCAAAGGCAAUGCGAUAUCGAAAGGACUGGUCAUGCUUCAGGUGGCCUGGUUUGUUAUGCAGCUCAUCACCCGCGCCAUCUAUCACCUCGAAACCACCCAGCUUGAAGCGGGAACACUCGCAUUUGCGGUUCUCAAUUUCCUCACCUAUACUGUGUGGUGGAACAAACCUCUCAAUGUGCGAUGUCCACAUCCAGUGUACUGGAAGUCGACCGGGUCAAGGCCAGAGGAUCACGUAUAG